AUGCGCAAGACACUACUCCUUGUGUUUAUCCAUGGCUUCAAAGGCGGCGAUGACACCUUUGCUGUCUUCCCAGAACAUCUGCGGGCGCUCGUGAGCCAUUCCCUCCCGAACAUCGAUGUCGUCACUGUGACAUAUCCCAAAUUCGAGACGCGGGGCGAGCUCAGAGACUGUGUGGCUCGGUUUCGAGAAUGGCUCCAAAACAAGGUCAUCGAUCUAGAGGUCGCGCGCUCGACUCCAUCUCCGACCGUGGAUCCUUCGGUCCAUGUCAUACUGAUCGGCCACUCGAUGGGUGGCAUUGUCGCAGCCGAGACGUACCUGCAACUCGCGAGUGAGCAACCCAUCCCAGCGCGAUCUUCGGCGCAAAAUCCCGAACGGCGAAAUUUUCCUUCCAACACGACAUUGGGUUCAACAACAUCCACCUCCCAUCCAACACCAUCGCACCAUGAGCCGGAUCCGAUGUCUCAUAACUUCAUGUUCCCUCAUAUCCAAGGCGUAUUGGCUUUCGACACCCCUUUCCUUGGAUUGGCUCCGGGGAUGGUGGCCCACGGACUCGAGGGCGGGCACAAAGUCGUCGCCAACGCCUAUAACACCUACUCCGAAGUUGCCUCCAUGUUUGGUUGGGGUUCCAAGUCCGAACCCAAUGUCUCGUCGACCUCGUCGACUUCUGGCGCCAAAUCCAUUGGCGCCCUACCAGCGCCAGCUUCCUCUACGGCAGACGCGGCAGCUGCCCCUAAAUGGCAAGCUUGGGGGAAGUACGCAAUGUUCGCUGGUGCGGCUGGCGCGGUAGUCGCAGGCGGUGCCGCAGCCUUAUACUCGCAACGCGAGAAGCUGAGUGCUGGUUGGAAAUGGGCUAGCGACCACUUGCUGUUUGUGGGGGAGCUGUUCAAGCCGGAGCACCUGCGUAAGCGGGUCGAGUCUUUGGAACAGGAAUGCAAAGAACGAGGAGCUGGAUGCGCAAAUCUGUACACCAAUCUUGGGAAGGGAGCCAGUGGCGGAUAUGGCAUCACGGAAACCUUGGCCGGCAGGGAGAGGACAUUCUGCAACCUACCCGUGCAUGUCAGCCGCGAUCGAAAAGAAGGCAGAGAUACCAUGCAAGAAACAUCAAACGGAUUCAAAUGGAUCAAAGCUGUCAACGACAAGGCUUCGGACGAGACUACAGCGCACGUUUCCAUGUUUAUUCCACGAGAUAACCCGGGAUUCUACGCCCUCGGAGAGUAUGCAAAAGAGUGUAUCGCGCAGUGGACCGAUCGGGGCUGGUACCUCGCGUCCACUGGACCGACAUUUCUGAAGCCCGAUGCCAACCACAUGGGGUUGGGCGAAUCACCGGAUGGGGGCUGGGUGAAGCCUGAUGCUGAUGAAAUAAGAGCCCGAGAGAGAGCAAAGGAUCGCUAUGGCAGUUCCUACAAGCACUCUGACGUCGAUGCCGAUGCCGAUACCGAAGGAACUCUAGGUAAGGACUGGGAUUCUCUCGACCUUCACCGUGGUAAAGAUGGUGUUGAUCUGUUAGACGAUGAGGACGUCAGGAUGAGAGACGAGGAUGAAGAGCUUGAGGGAAGCGUGAUUGUUGAGAAAAUGGCAGCUAACGGAGAGGUGCCAUUGCCGAAGUCGAGAAGUAAUACUGGGGUAUGA